AUGGUCUUUCAUUUGUUUGGACUCCGGGCCUUGGAGGUCUGGUUGUAUGGCCGACUCAUCCGCAGUCCCCUCUUCCACCAAAUGGUAGGCCGUGUGCACCAGCGAGUGGAACAAAUCCGUCAUGGAAUCCCUCCAGAACCAUCGCGCACUUCCCUGGAGGACAGUGGUAUGUGCUUUUUUGAGAUCACAGGAUCGGAUGGUCCAGUCUUUACUCGCAGGUCGCUGAUCAUCAUUGACUGUACAGACUCCAUCGGUAAAUUUGUCAGGUAUUUCAAGGAGGAAAUCAAGGAUCAGAUGAAAGGCAAACCCCCCAACAAACUAUAA